AAUACAUGCAGUAUGACAUAAAAUAUAUUUCCAUCGUCUCUGGCAAGUAAAUUACUUAUUAACUGUGAGGAUUCAUGUUGAUAUUCAGGCGCCAGGUUAAGGUUUUAUCAGGGAAACCCUCUUGCAGCGCGUCACUAAUCCAAGACGAUUUCUAGACAUAUAGUAAACUUAAAAUGCUCAGCGACCAUGGAUUGUGUUCAAAGCACUACUUUACAAUCGCUGUUAUAUCUUAUCUGUUUUAGCUGUUACCAAAUUGUGUAUUUUAAAAUUGAUUAUGAAGGAAAACACGACUGUUAUCUGUUUUCAAAGUAAUCGCACUCUGUGCGUGUUCAGUCGAUCGCGCAUUCGUGCGGAUAGAGUAGGCUACCUAGACAGGACGGGUUUCUGCCCUGUCUGUCCGCGCGGUCUGUGUGCUUUCAGGACCAGAAUACAGUGCGCGCAUACAUGCGCACGCACAGUCACAUAUUAAGCACACUCGCGCGCGCGCAAACAUACACACUGACAGCAGCCUGCUGCUAAGGCUUCUGUGGGAGCGCUGGUCUAUUGCGAAUGAGGUACAAGCGCGUACUGCCACCGAGAUCAUACGAGCGUACGUUGGUUUGAGGCGCAGUUCUCUCUCGGACGAAGUGAAACAUCUCGUGAAAUCAUGCUGGAUUGACUGCGGAGGAGCUAUUACAAUCAAUGGCUUGGCUUUGAAAUCGUUUGAAAUUUAUCGGUCGGAAAGGAGAAAGGAGGAGUGUGCGUGUGUGUGUCUGAGAGAGAGAGAGAGAGAGAGGGAGAGAGGGAGCGAGAGAAAGGGAGAGAGAGAAAGCGAGAGAGAGAGAGGAGGGAGGGAGGUGGAAAUAAAGAUUCUUUCAACGAUGGAACUUACAAUGGAAAACAUUGGGAAUCUACACGGCGUAUCUCACUCUCAUCAAACGGGCGACUUGAUGAGCUCUGCUCACGGACGGCAGCCCCCGACAUCGCAUCGGAACUUGGUGUCGCACGGACGGUCAGCGAUGGUGUCCAGCAUGGCUUCGAUUCUGGAAGGGGCCGGGGAGUACCGGACAGAUCACACGUUGUCCGGUCCCCUUCACCCCGCGAUGACCAUGUCGUGCGACUCCGGAAUGAGCCUGAGCAGCACCUACACCACGCUGACACCGCUGCAGCACCUGCCCCCCAUCUCCACCGUCUCGGAUAAGUUUCACCACCAUCCCCACUCGCAUCCGCAUCACCACCCAGCACAUCAGCGCCUCACCGCCGGCAACGUAAGCGGAAGCUUUACGCUCAUGCGGGACGACAGGAGUCUAGCCUCAAUGAGCAAUCUGUACGGCCACUACCCGAAAGACAUGUCCGGCAUGGGUCAGCCACUGUCGCCGCUCUCCAACGGCCUUGGCUCUUUGCACAACUCUCAGCAAACUCUCUCCGCGUACGGCCCCGGCACCCAUCUCUCAAAUGACAAGAUGCUCAGCCCGGGGGGCUUCGAGUCCCACGCAGCCAUGCUGUCCCGGAGCGAGGAGCACUUGGCGCGGGGUUUAGGGGGUCACGGGGCCGGCAUGAUGUCAACUCUAAACGGCAUGCACCACCACGGCCACCCGCACUCUCAGGCCAACGGGUCCAUGCUUUCUGAGAGGGACCGGCAGACCGCGGGGGGCGGGCAGGGCGGCGGGUCGGGGCAGGUGGAAGAGAUCAACACCAAGGAGGUGGCGCAGCGGAUAACGGCGGAGCUCAAACGCUACAGCAUCCCUCAGGCCAUCUUCGCCCAGCGGAUCUUGUGUCGUUCCCAGGGUACCCUGUCUGACCUGCUACGGAACCCCAAACCGUGGAGUAAACUCAAGUCCGGCAGGGAGACCUUCCGACGGAUGUGGAAGUGGCUGCAAGAGCCGGAGUUUCAGCGCAUGUCAGCUCUCAGACUAGCGGCCUGCAAGAGGAAGGAGCAGGAGCAGCACAAGGACCGAAACCUGGCCCCAAAGAAGCAGCGGCUGGUCUUCACGGACCUGCAGCGCCGCACCCUCAUCGCCAUCUUCAAGGAGAACAAGCGGCCCUCCAAGGAGAUGCAGAUCACCAUCUCGCAGCAGCUGGGCCUGGAGCUCAACACCGUCAGCAACUUCUUCAUGAACGCCCGCCGCCGCUGUGUCGACCGCUGGCACGACGAGCACGCCCACGGCGCCAGCCCCGGCCAGCCGGGCACCUCCGCCACCACCUUCUCCAAGGCCUGAGAGGGCCCCCUGCCCCACCCCCCUCCUCCCCCCAUCCCCCCCACCACCAUGGAGGAGGAGAAGGGGUGCGGGGGUCACACGCCUAUCGACACGCCUUCCCUCGUCUGUGCCACGCCCUAAACCUCACUCGGUA